UUUUACACUAAAAUCCUCUGUUUCUGUGGAAAAGUGGACACGUUUUUAUAAAGUAAAGCCCAGUAUUUAAAAAAUAACUCCGGAAUAGGAGUGUCUCGGUGUUUUUCCCAGGGAUUUGUUCAGGUUUUAUGGUAUUAUAUUGAAUAUAAUUUGUAUAUUUAGAUUUUGAGAGUGUGCUGGUGUGCUCAGGUGAAAACCUGCCUCUAAACCCUGAUCCAGCAUCCUGCAAAACGAUUUUCACAUCAUGUCUCUACCUGUGAUAAUAAAGUGGGGAGGACAGGAGUACUCCAUCAGCGCUUUGUCUGAAGAUGACACCGUCCUGGACCUGAAACAGUCCAUUAAAUCUCUCACGGGAGUCCUACCCGAACGCCAGAAACUGCUGGGCUUGAAGAUCAGAGGUAAACCAGCUGAUGAUGGCAUGAAGCUCGGAGUCCUGAAGCUCAAACCCAACACUAAGAUUAUGAUGAUGGGCAGCAGAGAGGAAAGUCUGGAAGACAUCUUGGCUCCUCCUCCCGAAAGCGACGACGUCAUCAAUGACUUUGAUAUUGAAGAGGAAGUGAUCGAGGUGGAGAACAGAGAGGAGAAUCUGGCGAAGAUCACCCGCCGCAUCAAAGACUACAGAGUGGAGGAGAUGAACCCACCUCGGGAGGGGAAGAGGUUACUCGUCUUAGAUGUCGAUUACACGCUGUUUGAUCACAAGUCGUGUGCUGAGACGGGGCAGGAGCUCAUGAGGCCGUUCCUCCACGAGUUCCUCACGUCUGCGUACGAAGACUACGACAUCGUCAUCUGGUCUGCGACAAGCAUGAAGUGGAUCGAGGCCAAAAUGAAAGAGCUGGGUGUGUCGGAUAACCCUAACUACAAGAUCACCUUCAUGCUGGAUAGUGGGGCCAUGAUCACAGUUCACACUCCUAAGAGAGGCGUCGUGGAGGUGAAGCCGCUCGGUGUGAUCUGGGGGAAGUACGGCGAGUUCUACAGCAGGAAGAACACCAUCAUGUUCGACGACAUCGGAAGGAACUUCCUCAUGAACCCGCAGAACGGCCUGAAGAUCAGACCGUUCAUGAAGGCGCACUUAAACCGAGAGAAAGACAAGGAGCUUCUGAAACUGUCUCACUACCUGAAGGAGAUCGCCAAGUUGGACGACUUCUCAGCUCUCAACCACAAGCACUGGGAAAGGUUUCUCUCAAAGAAGCAGAACCAAUGAAGCAGCUGGAGCGUUCAUCUUCAAGAACAAGUGAUGCUGGAUUCUACAAACCCUCACCAACACAUUUUCAUCCUCUCUCCAUCUCUCUCUCUUUCUCUCCCUUUCUCCCUAUUUCUCUCUCUUUAACUCCCACCAUUCUGGAAAGGUAUUAAAGAUACACACGUGUCCUGAAUAAACAAGCAGCAACUGUA